GCUGCCUGCACAUCAUCGUAACCCAUAGCCUAACUUGAGCCCACCUUGUCCUACCUAACCACUACCAUACUCCAUUGCCACCAUGACCCGCACAGCGCGCGCUGCCUACCCCCGUGCUAUCAUCAAGGAUCGCUCUGAGGCUAAGAACGCCAUGAACAAGCGCAUCCCCAAAAGUGGCGCUGGCGGGCACAACUGGGGCGACCUCCAGCACGAAUACGACUACGUGGAAGCCGCUCUCCGCGACGAGGAAGCCGAGCUUCGCGACGAUAACGUCGUCCGCCCUGUUGAGCCUCGUGAGCGCCCGUUGCUGGGCCAGCGCAGGACAAGCUCCCUCAGCGAGGAGGAGCUCGAGCAAGCCCGCGAGUUCAGAAAGAAAGCCAUGAAGGGUGCCAAUGUGGACCUAGCAUCCAUCGCUCGCACCUCUGCUGCGGUCUCGGUGUCACCCCCCAACAGGAGCAUCCCCAUCACCACCGAUGCCGAGAGCGCCAUCUCGGUCUAACUUAUUUACUGCAUUGUACAUCAUCAUCACGGGCAUAGAACGCGCAUAGCAGAAUCGGGGUUGCUUUGUAUUGUAUAUAUAGUAGCAUGAGGUCGUCACGAGCCAAUUUAUACAACUCACAGUCUUUAUGAAUUGCUCGCAUCGCCACCUUC